AUGGCUUCCACUCCACUGUCUUCGGCACACGAUUCGACCCUCAACAUCGCAACACCGCAGACGUCGAGGACAACGACGACGACGCCGAGCGAACGCCACACCACCUAUGAGGUGACGGCAUUCACUACUAUCUCGACGACAGCGACCACACGGCCGUCAAUUCUUGCAGGUCCUCCUCUUUCAUUGCCCCACGACUCCGCCCUGAGCCCUCGCGAUCCGACCCCAAACCACGUCGCUUUCCCCGCCAACAAGGAGAAUAUCGCCAUGGAGCCCUCGCCCAGCAAGAUGACGCGCCAUUCGCGAAUCGAAGAGCGGCUCUCCGGACUCUGCCGCUACCAACGACUCCUCUUCCUCCCCGCUGCUCCGCCGCCCUCUGCCGCCUUUCGGAGCCCCAGGAAGGUCCUGUCCCCCGUGAAGAGGUUUCCCAUCAAAGUCAGGGCGCCCGGUGCCGACGUCGAAGCCACCCCAAAGCCUGUCGUCCAGGAGCGGACCAUGACAAUUGACGAGGCCUUGAGGGAUAAUGUGGGACUGCAGAGGGCCAUUCAAAUAUUCGAGGACGAUGAGGACGACGAUGAUAGCCUUAUCGAGGGGGAGAAGGACGGGUCCAUGGAUUUUGGGGCAAACGGCUCUGUCGCCUCUCACGAAGUCGGUGAGGAGGCCGCCGGCCACGACGACACCAUGGUCAGCACCUUUAGCACAUUUUCGGCCGUCCCCGAUAUGACCAUGUUCUCAAAGCUACACAACGGGACCAACAGACAUUCCCUACUAGGGGACACCACUCCAAGAGCGAGCGGCCGACCCUCACAGGCUACCCCUCCCAGUACCCUAUCGGAUUCUGGAAACACCACAAACCUGCUCAUGGAAUUCACCGAACAGCUCAGGUUCCCGCAAAGACGCCACUUCAACGCGCGAGCAUGCCGCCGCAUCCUCUAG